AAGAAAUAAAGCUUCAGUGUUUUACGACUUUGCGCUCGGUAUGGUGAAUAUUUCAGGAGUGCUGCCCAUAUUGGGCUUAGUGAUUGCGGUAAUUGUCCAGGUACAGGCGGAAGGAUAUUAUACUAUAACGUCGCCGGGCACCAUAAGACCCAACUCUAAAUACAGUAUAUAUGUGAGUGUUUAUGAGAUACAGGACAAUGCGAGAAUCGGUCUCACUCUGAAGGGGCCAGAAUUUAGCAAAAAUACCGAAAUCGUGGUGCCGCCUAAUACUGGACAAAGUGUAACCUUUGAAUUCGGUGAUAUUAAAAAUGGCACAUAUGUAUUGAAGGCACAGGGACUGUCGGGGAUUGUUUUUGAAAAUUCCACGAAUCUGGAAUACGUAGAAAAUCUGCCAAUGGUAUAUUUGCAAACUGAUAAGGCACUCUACAAAUUCGGUGAUACUAUACAAUUUCGUGCAGUAUUCUUAGAUCAGUACUUGCUACCAGCAAAGGUCAACCAACAAAUAUCUGUUGUUUUAAAGGAUGCACAAAAUAAUAUUAUUGAACGUUUCGAUGAUGUUGUUCUUGAUACCGGUGUAUACAAGGGAAAACUUAAGCUAGCUGAGCAAGUUGUUGCGGGCGAAUGGUCUAUGCAAGUUUUUUUGGGGCAGCAAAUGUUGACGGAAAAAAUUAUCGAGGUGAAAGAUUAUGAACUGCCACUAUUUGAAAUUGACUUGCAGAUGCCUAGCUAUGUGUCGCUGAAAGAUAAAACCUUUUCAAUUAAAGUAAAAGCACAUUACACCUUUGGCAAACCGAUAUUUGGUACGUGUGUACUCACAUUCAAUGUAACGAGAAAUAAUAUUCUAAGAAAACAAUAUAACUUGCAAGAGGGUGAGUUGGAUAUUCCAAUCAACGUAAGGGAUCUUGGUGGAAGGCUACGAGUCAUUCCCAUAACUGUCGACGUUCUAGAUGGCGCAACACAAACCUCACGUAAAAUUUCGAAAACAAUAAAAAUUGUAGCCAGUCAUUUUGAAAUAGAAACACCCGACAUUGUUCACGAGUGCAAUAGAGAAGAUGAGACAUUUGUCUAUCGUGGUCGUAUUUCACAUAAAAAUGGAAACCCAAUCGAUCGGGAAGUUUACCUCACACUUGAUAUGCGUACAAAAGAUGAUCUUAUAAGUGAUGAGCUUGUAACUUAUGCAGAAAAUAAUGGCGAUGUUGAUGUGAAUAUUGAAUGCGCAAACUACGUCAGCAUAAAUAUAACUAUCAAAUAUGAAAACUCAGAAAGCACGGGCGUUAUGCAACUGUAUCAUAACAAGGAAGGCGGCGAAGGUGGACUAUAUGUAAAGACACAAUUUCCCACAGUAGACGAUGCGAUAGAAAUACGUCUCGUAUCGCCUGAGGCCUUUUCCAGCUUUGUAUGUGUAAUUGUCGGACGUGGCAAUAUUGUAUAUACUGAGACCAUCGAAGUACCCAAUGGCGGUUUGAACCAUGCACACACUUUUUCUAUUACACCAACUUACGAAAUGAUGCCGGAAGCGCAUAUGUUUGUCUAUUUUUUCAAAAACGAAAGGAUGAUUCAUUAUGAGACGAAAUUCAACGUUAAGAAUCAAUUUCAAAAUACUAUUUCCAUCGAUGCGCCAGAUGUGGUCAAACCGGGGGCGUAUAUUAACUUAAAUAUCGACACAGAGCCAAAUUCGUACGUUGGCUUAUUGGGUGUGGACAAAAGCGUGUUGCUGCUAAAGUCAGGCAACGAUUUCGACGCCAAAACAAUUUUUGACGAUUUAAGGAAUGUGAACUGUGCAAUAUCAGGAAGUCAUGGACUACCAGGCAUAACAGCUGGCCUUGUAACAAUGACAAAUGCCCAUUACAAUAUAGACAAGGGAAUCAUUGGCGAUAGAGCUUCGGCAAAUCCGUUAGGCGCCAAACCAAUCGUGCGUCGAAAUUUCUUUGAAACUUUUGCUUUUGUAGAUUUUACGAGUGAGGAUGGUCAUGAUGAAUUGCGGCAAAAAAUACCUGAUACCAUAACUACUUGGGUUCUAACAGGGUUUUCUCUCAAUCCAAAAACUGGAUUUACGCUCACAACAACACCAACGAAUAUACGGACUUUUUUGAAAUUUUUCCUUACCGUUAAAUUACCACAGUCCGUAAAAUUAGGCGAGAUUAUAGAACUGGAAGCAACGAUCUUUAACUAUUUACGCGUAAGUGUACCCGCUACUAUCACAUUGGAAAGGCUAAACGACGAAUUCGAGUUCUUUUUAAAUCCCAAUGAGAAACAGCAUGCGGUGAGAGUAAAUGUGAGGCCAGAGAGAACACAAACCGUCAAGUUUAAAAUACGCCCCAAAGUGGUUGGCAUGAUAACACUCAAAAUGACGGCGCAAAGUAUCUAUGAAAGCGAUGUGAUUGUUAAGCAGUUAAAAGUCGAACACGAGGGUAUCACGGAGUGGAAAAAUGAAGACCUCUACAUAAAUGGAGAAGAAAGUAAAUCAGUACAACUGAAAAUACCACAGAAUAUUGUGCUAGGCUCAGAACUGAUUGAGAUUUCAGUUAUGGACUUUAUAAUGGGAUCCAUGUUGAAUUUGAUCAACAAUGGUGAGAACUUCGCGCAACUAAUUACCAGCCCAUCAGGUUGUGGCGAGCAAAAUAUGAUACAUCUAGUACCAAAUUUGAUGGUACUAAAAUAUUUACAGAGCACAAGUGCAACGAAUAAGGCAAUUUCUGAUUCAGCAAAAAGUUAUCUGCAAAUCGGCUAUCAACGAGAACUCACCUACAAAGUUCCUGAUCAUUCGUUUAGUACCUGGGGUAAGGCGCCAGGUAAUACGUGGCUUACGGCUUAUGUUAUACGCAUAUUUAACGAAGCGAAGUCGUACAUCUAUGUGGAUGAAAAUAUUCUUAAGAAUGGACUCGCUUUUCUAACGGGCAAACAACAAGGCGAUGGCAGUUUCAAAGAAGAUGGCAGUUUAUAUGAUUUUGUUACGCUCAAUAAAUUGAGUGUCACUGCAUCUGUGGUGCUCACUCUACUGGAAAAUACGCAAUAUUUAGAUCAACAUAAAAAAGUUAUAGAUGACGCUAUAGGAUACAUUAGAAAUAACGUGAAGCAAAAUAACGAUAUGCGUGCCACCGCAUUGUCUUUAUAUGUGCUACAUCUGCGCAAGGAUCCCAUGGUUGAAGAGCUUUUGGGAAUAUUGGAAACAAAAGCAUUGACUAGCGGUGACCAUAAAUGGUGGCAACAUGGUCAGACGCCAGCGAAUAUUGAUGUUUAUGUAACCGGUUAUAUAUUAAUAACAAUGUUGGAAUUGAAAAAACCGGUUACACCCAUUAUCAAGUGGUUAGUGUCGAAACGUAAUAGUAACGGCGGUUUUGCAUCGACUUUCGAAACAGAGGUGGGUCUGCGCGCCUUAUCUAUUUAUGCCGCCAAAUAUAAGGAACAUGGCACUACUUUGGAUAUUGAUGUUUACUCGCAAAAGCGAUUGGUGCACACGUUCACAGUUGGCGAAAAGAAUAAAGAUAUUAACAAGAAAGUUGAGCUUCCUAAGAAUACCCGCGAACUGCAGUUCACUGCUACGGGAAGCGGCAAAGCGACUUUUCAAAUUUCGUAUCAGUACAAUACUUUGGAACCCUUAAGCGAUACUUUCCACAUAAAUUCUACCAUAUCUGAUACCGCGGCUGCAAGAAAAAACUUGAAAGCCUGCAUGCAAUUAGUUGGUGAGAAACUUGAACACUCUAAUAUGGCAAUAUUGGAAAUUAACCUGCCAACAAGUGACGAAUUUGGCGUCGACUGUUGUGACAUUAAGCUGCCGAAACAAGCCAAGAAAAUGGUUCGAAAAUCAAAACAACAACUUCAUGUGUACUUUGAAGGUGUAAGGCGAGAUGACAGUGAUUGCGUAGAAAUACCAGUGUCAAAAGAAUUUGAUGUAGACAAUCUAAAACCGGCGGUGAUUAGCAUGUAUGAUUACUACGAAAAGAAUUUGGUUGAUAAGUAUUUUUACCAAGUAACGCCAUGAUUGUAUUUCAUAAGUGCGAUGUAUUAAAACUUAUUGAGCUUCUAAAAUAAACCGUGUUUAUUAUAGA